CCGAUUUCUGAUGGCGAGGCCAUACGUAAAUCCCUACCAUAGCGACGCGUUUUAAAAACAAUGUCGAUUGGCGACUGCUUUCUUGCAUUCAACAUCUUCUUGAGUCUUGUAGCCAGAGAUCAUACUUGUGCGAACGGGGAGCUUACUGCUCAGACCAAGUGUCAAAUUGCUGAAGAUUCGUCCUGAACCUUACAUGUCAAGACGUCGUGAGGCGGCGGAUCUGGCUCGUGCUCUGGCUCUCUCGACUCAAGAAAGUACGACUCAGGACCGAAGAGAGAUGGAGCUGCUUGCUUCAAUGGACCCAAGAACGGAGGCGUCGAUAGUCUCCGGGGUGCAACAACAGGCAUUGAUCGUGAACCAGGCGAAUUCAAGUGCCUCCGGCCCAAGCCCAAUCCUAUCGUUUUCACCUCAAGUGACUGUGCCUCCGUCUAGCGUCCUUGCUCCGUCCUCCAACUCUGGUACCAACUCUGCUCGACCUCCUAGAUCAUCACCCAUUUACCCUAUCCCCUCCUCACGGCUUUCCACGACCGAAAAGUCGCGCAGCAGUGGGUCUUCUUCACAUCGACCGAUCUUUUCCCCUACGCAAACUUCAGAAGAACGCCCGCCUGGCUCUCACCGUCCAGCAACCCCAACGCAAAAUAUGCCCUCGCAUCGGCCUCAAGCUGGACCUUCUAGACCAUUACGGGAGAUAGUACUUUCACCGUCUCCUCCCGCUAUUCGACAGACUGGUCAUGACCUCUCCUCUGAUCACGAGGAAGAGGACUCCGCCUAGUAAAUCCCGUUCUACGCCUAGACCCUUCCCAAUGUCUGCUCCAGCAAAGCAGGUCCACCAGGCUCGUGCCCUUUCACCGACAUCCCCAGACCCCAUGGCUGCCA